AUUUUAUUUAAUAACACGAGUCCUUAUCUGGUUUACUCAGUUAUAUUUCACGUUUUGGUAUUAAUUUCGUGAGACCGUGAAACUCAAUCUCCACGUCUGUCGUCUAUCGCUUUUAUUGGCAGAUUGCAACCAACGUUAAUGCACGUCAGUCUUCUUUCUCUCCACCUUUUAAUAAAAGUUUUAGGUUUUCCAAUUCUAACCCGGAAGAGCUGAAACGGUUAAGCGAGAGUAUCGGUAUCUAACUAACAUUGCUUGGCUGUCAGAAGUGAAAACACCCGUGGGUGUUGGAAAGGGGGAUGGGUCGCUGUGAACCGAUCGUAAAGAGAACUGAUCAAUAGACUGGUGUGGUGAGUCCUGCAGGUGAGGAUGACGAUGGCGCAUGUUGGGGCAGUAGUGGCAGCAGCGAUGGGGCUGAUGGCUAUCCUGCUUCAUUCAUCCAUCCAUAAGAUAGAGGAGGGACACUUGGCCGUUUACUACAGGGGAGGAGCUUUGUUGACCACGCCCAAUGGCCCUGGGUAUCACAUCAUGUUGCCCUUCAUAACAACUUUCAGAUCUGUACAGACAACUCUCCAAACGGACGAGAUCAAGAAUGUGCCUUGUGGAACCAGUGGAGGUACGAUGAUCUACUUUGAUAGGAUUGAGGUGGUCAACAUGCUGGUCCCUACUGCAGUGGUUGACAUUGUGAAGAACUACACAGCUGAUUAUGAUAAGACGCUCAUCUUUAACAAAAUUCACCACGAACUCAACCAGUUCUGCAGUGUGCACACCCUACAGGAGGUCUACAUAGAGCUGUUUGAUAUCAUAGAUGAGAACUUGAAGAUCGCCUUGCAGAAGGAUCUCAAUUGCAUGGCCCCUGGACUUACAAUACAGGCGGUCCGUGUCACAAAACCCAAGAUCCCCGAGGCAAUCAGGAGGAACUUUGAACUCAUGGAGGCCGAGAAGACUCGUCUGAUGAUAACAGUCCAGACUCAGAGGGUGGUGGAGAAGGAAGCGGAGACUGAAAGGAAGAAAGCCAUCAUUGAGGCUCAGAAGAUGGCCGAGGUGGCUGGGAUCCACUUCCAACAGAAGGUGAUGGAGAAGGAGACAGAGAAGAGGAUCUCUGAGAUCGAAGACUCUGCCUUCCUGGCGAGGGAGAAGGCCAGGGCUGAUGCUGAAUACUACACAGCUGCCAAGUUUUCUGAAGCCAACAGGUUGAAGUUAACCCCUGAGUACCUGGAACUGAUGAAGUACCAGAGCAUAGCAGCCAACAGCAAGAUCUACUUUGGCCAGGACAUCCCCAACAUGUUUGUGGAGGGCAACAACAACGGCCCCUCCACCACGGAGGGGGACGCCCUCCCGGACGCCCAGCUCCGGGAACACUGAGACGCCCAGCCUGCCUGUCUGUCUCUGGGCAGGAAGGGGGGGAGGACGGUCACACUUUGUGGGGGAGGGAGGGGUGUGUCUCACCGGGGAAGGCAUGAACUCUGAUGGCUUCAGGGUGGCAUAGCUGCGCAACUAGCUUGGUGGGAGUAAAGAAGUAAAACAAAAAAGACAAAAAAAAAACAUGCUUUGGUCUUAAACCUCAAGGGCUGAGAGAAAAAGACAUACGGGGAGAAAGAGGGGAUGGAGUGAACAGAGGGAGAAAAAUGGGAUGGGGUUAGAGAGCGGGAGAAGGAACGAGUGCAUUCUGCUGCUUUGUGUGAAGAUGCUGUCUCAGAGAUAGACACCAUGAUGGAACAAGCAUUAUGAACGCCGAUGCAUGGAUCAGUCCGGUCCUGAGAAGUCAACCAGACGGGAUCUCCUCUUGACAUUCGUCCCAGUCACCCUACUUUACACGUGCUUGCAUUUUAAUGCAACUUUGGGCUUUGCUUUUGAAAGCUUAAUUCUUUUUUGGGUUUGUUUUUUGGUGUUUCCCUUUUUAUGCAAGACGAUUUGAUUUGUUUGGAAAUUGAGCGGUUAUCGAUGUUGAUUGAGCCUUACCGUUUGUGGUUUAGUUUAACUGGAAUCCAACAGGUGACACUAAUUAUAACUGAUCUCUAUUUCUGGGAUGUGGUCAGGGACACUCACCUGUUUUAAUUAAGUUCUUAGGAGCAGAGAGAGAGAGAGAGAGAGAGGUGAGCCUUCUCCCCCCAGACAGCGCAUCUGCUCAGUUCAACACUACAACCUAGCACUCUCACUGAUAGGUACUGGAGAAAGAGGCGUUGACCUGUAUUAACAUGUAUUAAGCACAGACACUCACACCCCUUACAACCAUACAAAUACAAUCUUAAGGGCCAGAGCUGUAUGUGCAGUUAGGUGUUGGUUUUGUAUUGGCUUACCUGGAGUCUUGAGUGCUCAGAAGGUGGUGGUUUACAGUAGUAUAGGUGUAUCGUCAUUGUAUUUAGUGUAGUUGGUGGGGUCGAUGGUAGUUUGUGUGCAGUGCGAGUCCGUGACCAGAGAUUGACUGAAUAUACCCACACUAAGACCAGCCCUGAUGUAAACUGUGAAGCCGACAGAGAGGAAGCACUAAAUCAAGGGCUGUCCAAAGGAAAAUCCUCGGAAGGGAAUUGUCCUUUUCUAUUCUCACGUCCGUCUUGAGUUGGAUAAAAAGGGAUUUAAUUAUGUAGUUGCAGGGACCAGUCGUUUCCAGGCCUACUGAUUUCGAAGGAGGCGGCAGGGCUGAAAUGAGCCGUGUCCCUGCUCCCUCCUGCUUGUUGCCCUCAGGAAGAAGGAUGGGAGGAUGGGACAAGUCCUGAUCAUGCAACUCCUCCAAUUGACUUUCAGGGGUCACCCUUCUCUUUAGUGUUGAUUAGAGCUUACAAUCGCCCCACAGCAGUUUACACACACACACACACACACUCAUAUGCAGGUACAGUGCCACAUCAGACAGGUUUAAAGAGAUAGGGCUCUGAGAUUUAGACUUUAGUUAAGGUGACAGACUACUGAUGAGCUUAUAUAGGACUAGUGCUGUCUGGCUGGUUAACACACCACUAACACAGUGGAAGCUUCGACCUGUGGUUAAGAUAUAGACCUACUGAUGUUGACUUGAUCGAAGAAUCUGCAUUAAAGACUGUUCUUGUGAUUUGGUGGUGGGUUCAAAUCAAACAUACCAAGGGGUUGUAAUUGAGAUACUCAAAGGAGGAUUCAUAACCUUGUGAAUGUUACUUUUGUACAAUCUGCCUAAUUUGGACUAUGUCUCAUUGUUUUCAAAGAUUUAUAUGCAAGACGUUUUCAUCAAGUUUUGACAAUGUUCGUUUAUGUAAAAUAAAGCCUAUUUUGAUACCACA